UCCCUUGUAAUCGUCGAUCCUCCGGCCGAGACUCUGCCCAGCUCAGAGGCUUCCAGUAACAACGCGUGAAACUGAAAGUAACCUCGAUUUCGCUAAAUCAGCUGUUAUUAGUGACAAUUUGUGAUAUAUCCUGUGUGAUAAUGUCAAGACUAGAAAGAUGGUCAGAAGGAUGGGCAGAGGGCAGGACUUCAUUUCACCGGACAUAUGUUCACAAGUCACUGCUGGAGUUCCAGAGCAAACUUUUGGUGAAGAAGCCUAGUCGAGUGUUGGUGCCAUUGUGUGGAAAAACAUUGGAUAUGAGAUGGUUUGCUGAAGAAGGUCAUGAGGUGGUUGGCGUAGAGGGUGUCCUCCAGGCUGUCAUGGAAUUCUUUCAAGAACAAGAGCUCCCCUACAAAGAGAGUGAUGUCCCUGGGCUCAAGGGUGCAAAACUUUUUGAGAAUGAGGACAAGAAGAUCAAAAUAUACCUGUGUGACUUCUUCCAAUUCUCCAAAGAUUUUGCAGGUCAGUUUGAUGCCAUUUGGGACAGAGGUUCUCUCGUUGCUAUUGAUCCCUCAUUACGACAGCAGUACACAGACCUCCUUUUGUCGGUACUAUCUCCAGGUGGACGAAUUCUAAAUGAGGUGUUUGAGUACAACCCAGAAGAAAGGGAACCAAAAGGUCCUCCACACUGUGUACCUGAGGAAGUUAUACAGAAGUUAUUUGGAGAAAGAUUUUCCAUCCAGCUUUUGGCAAAUGUUGAUAUCCUGGAGCAUAACCAGUUUUUCAAAGACCUCGGACUUACAUGGACAAAGCAAAACAUUCGCAUCAUGACCCUCCAGUAACAUCUCAUUGCAGGAUUCAAUCACUGAACCAGAGAG